UAACCCCACCCCCACCCACCCACCUCACCUCACAGCUUCACCAUUUCUCCCUUCCAAAAAACCCAAACUUUAAAACCCAAACAAAACCUCUGUUCCCCCUUCCGAAAAUUCCAUUCCCAGUCACAGUCCUCACAUUGAAGGAGAUAAAAUCCCCAAAAGUCAACCAUUCGCCGGCCGGAAUUUUUGCCCGGGAAAGAUGGGGAAUCUGAGAACGGCGAUGGACGCAACAUUUUGGGACAUGAACAUAUCCACUCCGCAAGCCCUCGACGGUGCUUCCAAGGCGGUUCCCGGCGAUCCCAUACCCAUCGACGGCGGUAAAGCAAGUAAAGCCCUCAGAAUUCAGCAGCUAUCUCUCUUGGGGAACGGUUUUCCUUUGGGAAUCAUUCCGUCGUUUUCUCCUUCGGCGAAUCCCAUACCCAUGACGGCUCUUUUUGGGGCCGUGGUUUCUCUGCUGGAAGAUUGAAGAUGACCAUGGUUUGAGGGGUCAUGUUCUUGAGGAAGAUGUAGAAUGAAUAAGAGAAGAAAGAAAAAAAA